UUGCGGCGCUUCGAUGGAUCGGACUUGGCGGAAGUGAGAAAAAAGCGGGCCUAUAUAUUUAGACCGAUUCGAUUCGAUACGAUCCGGAUUCCGAUUCCGAUUCGAUCUUAACCGUUUUGGAGAACCGGCGGUGGUGGAGUGGAGAACGCGGAACGCUGCGAAAUUGUUACCGCUGCGCAUGCGCAGACAGGCCGUACUUGUUGUUGCGCUAUCUCGGCUUAAUUACUAACGCCCCCCCUGGAAACCCGCCCCUUGAAGUGCCCCCUUUGAGUUGUUUGUCUGCAUUUUUCAACAACGGUGCGCGGUGUGCAAGUGUGAGUGCCGAGUGUUAGAGGCCAUCUCUCUGGGAAAACAUUCUUCCCGAGCGAAGCUUUCUUUUUGUGUAUAACAAAAGAGAACUAGGCGCAAAAAAAUCAGAAAAAACAAACGUAAACAUAGCCAACUUGUGCAAUCCAGCGACAAAAACAAAAGACCCGCGAAGUUUUGUGGUUCCCAGGCAACAAAAAUAAAGUGCAAUUUACAAGCAGCGCCCCGAAAAAUCGAAAUGGAAGCUUGGAAAAAGCUGACAAAUGGAGGGCGUUUUCUACUCGUACUCCUGAUCUGCAUCUCCCAUUCGACCACCCAAAUCUCCGCCUGGCGCCCCUGCCCAGAGCUCAGUCCCGCCCUCCGUCUUCCAUGCAGGUGCAAUGUGGUUCCGUUUGCGGCGACUGGUCAACUGGGAGCCGUGGCCAUGGACUGCGAUCGUGUUGUCUUCCACGGCGAUGCCCCGCAACUGCCUUAUGGAGCGCCCAUCGUGGCGUAUACGCAACGUCAUAGUGGCCAACAGGUGCUGCCCGCCCAGACUUUUGGCCAGCUAAAACUAACCAUUGAGGAGCUGGAUCUGUCGUACAAUCUCAUCCGAAGGAUUCCGGAAAAGGCAUUCGAUGGUCUCAAGGAUUCGCUGAAUGAACUGCGACUGGCGAAUAAUUUAUUGGGCGAUAAUCUCAAUCCCAUCUUUUCCACCGCCGAAUUGCAUGUGCUGAAGAACCUGAGGAUCUUGGAUCUGUCCGGAAAUAAGAUCAAGCUGAUCGAAGAGGGUCUUCUCAAGGGCUGUGUGGAUCUGAAGGAAUUCUACAUCGAUCGCAACAGCUUAACGGCAGUGCCCACCAACUCUCUAAAUGGACCAAGUGCUUUGAGACACCUUUCGCUGCGACAGAACCAGAUUGGUUCACUCCUUCCGGACUCCUUUAAUGCCCAGCGUCAGUUGGAGAUCAUUGAUCUGCGACAUAAUGUCAUCCGCAGCAUCGAUAGUCAGGCCUUCAAGGGUCUGCAGAAGAUCAGGGAAAUCAAGUUGGCCGGAAAUCGUAUCAGUAAUCUUAACAGUGAUGUCUUUGAAAAACUGCAAUCGCUGCAAAAGUUAGAUCUUUCCGAGAACUUCUUCAAUCAGUUUCCCACGGUGGCACUGGCGGCGGUUCCCGGAGUUAAGCACCUAAAUCUGUCCUCAAACAUGCUGCAGCAAUUGGACUACAGUCACAUGCAGGUGGUUAGGUCUUUGGAAAGCCUGGACAUCAGUCGUAAUACCAUAACCAGCAUUACGCCAGGAACCUUCCGGGAAAUGGGUGCUCUUAAGUACCUGGACCUCAGCUUGAACUCCUUGAGAACGAUUGAAGACGAUGCCUUGGAGGGAUUGGACAGCCUGCAGACCCUGAUCAUCAAGGACAACAAUAUCCUCUUGGUGCCCGGUAGUGCUCUAGGUCGUCUGCCCCAGUUGACAACCCUUCAGUUGGAUUUUAAUCGAGUAGCUGCCCUGUCUUCAGAGAUUCUGGGAUCUCUUCAGGCGGGAGAUAUAACUACCCUUACCUUGUCGAGGAAUGUGAUUAGGGAACUUCCCCCUGGAAGCUUCCAGAUGUUUAGCAGUCUUCAUACCUUGGAUCUCUCUGGAAAUUCCUUGGCUUUGAUUAACGCAGAUACCUUUGCGGGAUUGGAGAGCACUUUGAUGGCCCUGAAGCUAUCGCAAAACAGGCUAACAGGUCUGGGAGGAGCUCCUUGGGUUUUACCUGAGUUAAGGAGUCUAGACCUGAGUGGCAAUACGUUGACGGAGUUGCCCAGUAACAUUUUCGAGGAACUGGAGAAUCUGCAAUCCCUCAACCUGAGUGGCAAUCACUUGACCCCACUGACCGGAGCCCUCUUUAAACCCUUGGAUCGCCUGCAGGUCAUCGAUCUAAGUCACUGUAGCAUUCGCCAGAUAAGCGGAGAUCUCCUCGCAGGAUUGCAGGAUCUGAAGCACAUUUACCUUAAUGACAACCAGCUGCAGGAGCUCCAGGAUGGUAGCUUCGUCAAUCUCUGGAACAUCAGCUCCAUUGAUCUUUCCAACAAUCGCAUUGGAUCCAUUCGUUCCGGCGCCUUUGUCAAUGUGAUGAAGUUGCAGAAGCUGAAUCUUCGUGGCAAUCAAUUGUCUGCCUUCAAGGGAGAAUAUUUCAAUACGGGCACGGGAAUCGAGGAGUUGGAUAUAUCGGAUAACCAGUUGAGCUACCUGUUUCCCUCCUCCUUCAGAAUUCAUCCGAGAUUGAGGGAAAUACGAGCGGCUAAUAAUAAGUUCUCCUUUUUCCCGGCGGAACUCAUUUCCUCUCUGCAAUAUCUGGAGCACAUUGAUCUCUCCAAUAACCAAUUGAAAACCAUCGAGGAACUGGACUUUGCCAGAUUGCCCCGUCUUCGGGUUCUCCUGGUGGCCAAUAACCAGUUGGAUAUGGUCAGUGAGAUGGCCUUCCACAACUCCACUCAGUUGCAGAUUUUGGACUUGGCCUACAAUAACCUGGAUCGCAUUGGCGAGAGAACCUUUGAGGGUUUGGUGAGAUUGGAACAGCUCAAUCUGGAGGGCAAUAGGUUAUCGGAACUCUCGGAUGGCGUCUUUGAGCGCUCCAAGCUCCAGAUGCUGGAGAAUAUCAACAUGGCUAGAAAUCGCUUUGAAUACGCUCCUCUGAAUGCCCUGCAAAGACAGUUCUUCUUUGUUUCUUCCGUGGAUUUGAGUUACAAUAAGAUUAAGGAACUACCCGGAGAUGAUAGCAUCAUGGUGAACAUCAAGAGGAUCGAUCUAUCCUUUAACCCACUGAGUCCUAAGGCCGUGCACAAUGUUCUGAAUGAACCCAAGACAGUAAGGGAACUUAGUUUGGCAGGAACGGGUAUUGAUCAGCUGGAACUCCUGGAGACUCCCUUCCUGCAGUUCCUCAACCUCUCCCAUAAUAAACUGAAGAAUGUCAAGCCAGAGGUCUUCCAAAGGGUUACUCUUCUGGAAACUCUGGAUCUCUCCAGCAAUGAAUUGGAAUCUCUAGAGGAUCUCUCCAUGGCUUGGCCUCAGCUGCAAGUGCUCCAGACCCUGGAUGUAUCCAACAACAGCUUUGAGAUCGUCUCGCAGUCCAACUUUGGUAAGCUGGAGAUGCUGCGAUCGCUGCGCUUGAGCCACCUGCCCCAGUGCACCAGGAUCGAGAAGAACGCCUUCAAACAGCUGCCCAAUCUGGUCAAUUUGGAGGCCUAUGAUCUGCCCCUGCUUGGCUACCUGGAUCUGCAGGGCAUCCUGGAACUGCUGCCCGGUUUGGAGGCUCUGGACAUUGAAGUCAAGGACUCCAGCAUAGGCAGUGAGCAGAUCCAACCGCUGAAGCAUCCGCGUCUCAGGAGUUUGGGCAUCCGGGGAGAAAGACUAAAGAGUAUAUCCUCGGGAACUUUGGCGGGUCUGAAGAGCAGUGAACUGAGUGUCCAGCUGAGGAACACAUCCCUGAGUGCCCUGCCGCCAGCUCUGCUGUUCCCGGUGCCCCGAUCCUCGCACCUCAACCUGGAUGUGGAGGGAUCCAAGAUCACAGUGCUGGUGCCGCAGUUCCUCAACGCUCUGGAAGAUCGUCGAGCUAGUCUGCAGCUCCAGGGAUUAGCUAGCAAUCCCAUAGUCUGCGAUUGCAAUGCUAGAGCUUUGAGGAGAUGGCUUCCUAGCUCCGGAAUGCCGGAUGUCACCUGUGCCUCCCCUCCGUAUUUGCUCAACCGGAAACUCAUUGAAGUUGGGGAUGAUGAACUCACCUGCGAUGCCCGCCGAAUGACUUCCUCCACCGCUAGACCCACUGCCCCGGUGCCGCAUCUCCUCAAGACCUCCAGCCAGCUGGUCACGCGGAGUAGCUCCACCACCGAGGAGCCGCUGAUCAUCUGGAGCCUCGAACCCACCCAGCCGCCGAGUCUGAAGAAGAUCAAGACCAAGGCUCCGCUGAUGAAGGCCCAAUCCCCGAUUAUCAGCAACGAUGAUACUUUGAUUAUAGGAAUUGUGGGAGGUGUGGUGGCCUUCAUAGCCAUCCUCAUCAUCAUCAUCUGCAUCAUCAGGCUGCGGAUGAGCAAUGUGGAGUACCAGCAGAAUGCGGCGAUGAUUGGAAUCCCGGCGGGCAUGCAGAUGGGUGCCCACAAUGCGGCAUAUAGCUACAAGAAUGGAGCGGGAGCAGCUCUGUAUGCGGUGCCUCCCUACCAGGCCAGCUAUGCCACGCUGCCGCACAAGGCGGCCUCCAUCCACCACCAGUCCAGCCAGAAUCUCUCCCAGCGUCAGCAGCGGGAGCAGCAGCAGCAGCAGCAACAACAGGUGGCUGCUGCAGCGGCUGCCUACUCGACCAUGUCCCGCAUGUCUUACUUCAGCGGAGCGGGCGGCGGCGGAGGAGGCGGAGGAGCCGGCGGAAAUGGAAAUGGAAAUCUUGGCGAUGGAGCCGAGAGCCUAACGCAUCACCAGCAUCAGCCCUAUAUCAUAUACUCGGAUGACAAGGCCUACAGAUAAGCCGAGAUCCAAGGCAUCUUCAUCUUUCCUCCUCCAUUCUGUCCAUUUCAAUCUCUAUCGCAGUCAGUCAGUCAGGCGCAUCGCCGCUAAACAGGUUCUACAUUAUAUCGCCGCUAUCAGCCAACGUUGUAUAUAGACUUAAACACUCUAACUGUAACCCUAACUAUGUAUAUCUAUGUCUAACCAUAAUUAAGUGCAAGCAAAUCGCUUAUGCGGAAUAAACAAAUCUAGAAUAAUACACA